AUUAUUAAAGACUACGAAUGAAGACAGUAGCAAUUGUGAGGAGAAGAGCUUCGACAUAGGAACAUCCAUCCGUCCCAUGAAGCCAACGUAUUGUACAGAACACGCCUAGCUGCUAUUAUUUUGGCCAUUGUCAUCAUCUCCUUGGAGUAGAAUAGCCUGUAUCCACUCGGUCCCUCGGAUCAAUCGAUGAACUCGUUUGGUUCCCAUGAAGCAUUCUCAUCCAACGAAUACAAAAAGAUCCACUUUCUGGUUCUCCUCUCUCCUUUUUCCUUCUCUUUGCUUCGGUUUCGAGGAACAGAAAGGUAUGAGUUCUGAGCAGGAUGAUCAGCAACGUCGCGGCUGUUGCAGUAGCCUCGCCGGUUUCUUUUCUGUGCUCUCGGAGUCUCAGCACACAAGCAUGCCAAGACUCGAUAAGAAGAUUAAUGAGCUCAAAGAGGAGGUUCGACGACAGAAAGAGCUCAAGGAGACCUACAAAGCCCGGCUUGAGAGGACGCAGGAUUAUCUCCGGUACUGUCUAGAGGUGGCAAAGGAGAAUGGAUUCUUGCACCACAUGUCCGACGAUCAAGAAAGCACUCUCCCCACGCAAACCGACCAUCAGCGGCCAAGUUUACAGGCAGUGGAUGUGGUGCCGAGUGACCCUCGUUUGGCCGCCGUGAUGGAUCAAGCUAAGCUGAAUGGUUGGUACAUUGAACCGGAGGAGAUAGAGUUGCAUGAACAAAUUGGUAGAGGAACUACUGCCGAUAUAUACCGAGGGACAUGGAGAGGGCUUGGUGUUGCCAUCAAAUGGAUUCACCCCAGCGUCUUCGAUGCCAACGGAAGCGGCCAAGCCUGGUUCGCCGAAGAACUCCACACUCUGUCACGCCAACGCCAUCCCUACGUGCUGCAUCUCAUGGGCGCAUGCUUCCACACGCCACAAAAAGGAUGGCUGGUCACCGAGCUGUUGAGUGGGAAGACGUUAGCGGAAUGGCUGCAUGGGCACAAGGAGAGGCGAAGAGGACGGUCUGUGCCUCUUCCUCCUCUGGCGGAAAGGAUAGAGAAGGGACUGGAGGUCGCCAUGGCGCUGCUGUAUCUUCACCAACAGAAGCCCAGGGUCAUCCACAGGGAUCUCAAACCAAGCAACAUACUUUUGGACGCUGCUACGCACGCUCGAGUCACGGACUUUGGACAUGCUCGGCUUCUUGCUGACGGAGAGCAAGCUCUCACCGGUGAAAUGGGUAAGACCGACAGACCAUGACUGUCACAGUACACAGUAGUAUGAUUGAUCGAUCGCGUGUUUCGUUUUGGAUGAUGAUUAGGGACUUUCGUGUACAUGGCUCCUGAGGUAAUCCGUUGUGAACCCUAUACGGAGAAAUGUGAUGUUUAUAGUUUUGCCAUCAUACUGAAUGAGCUGAUCACCGGUGAGCAUCCCUACAUAGAGACGAGCUUUGGUCCCGCUAAGAUUGCGCUAGAGGUGAGUGAAGGCAGGCUUCGGCCAAAGCUGCCCGAGCAUGAUCAUGAAUGCAGAGAGCUCACAGAGCUUAUAUGCUGUUCUUGGUGUGAUGAUGCUUCAGCUAGACCCUCCUUUGCAACGAUCAACUUGGCUCUUAGGAAGAUCAUUGACAAGUUAAACUAGUUGCCAAGUCCAAUUUGCAAGGCAUUUUUCUUACUGUUCUACAAGGAGAGGGAGAGG